CUCGAAUUUGCAGCCUCAGUGAGAGACAGCAUGGCUAUCGGCUUUGGGUUGGAGUUUGUCAACGGCAAGUGGGUCCUGCGCUCGCGCCCGAUCGAGGUGCCCGGCGCUGGUCGCGAGGAGCGCUCGGCCCAAGAGGCCGCCAUCAUCGACGCGGUCGAAGACGCCAUUACCCGCUCGCUCCAGGACAGUCUUGCAAAGCGCAAAAGCCUCAAGCCGUUCUUCCUCGCCCUGCCGGAUACUGCACUUGCCUACGACGGUCCGUGGCUCACCUUGACGGUGCAGCACCCGCUUUUGACGGAUAUGGCCAAGAUUUACCUGCGCCAGUGCUUCUUUGACGUGGUCGACACGCUCGUUAGCACCAAGAUGAUGAUUCUCACGGGCGACGAUGGCGUCGGUCAGUCGGUCUGCCUCCUGUACCUCUUGUGGCAGCUCGUCGUCCAGAAGACGCCCCGCGUACUCUACCUCCACGGCGACGACACGGUGCUGUACGACGGCCUCCGCGGUGUCUUUGAGUACGACACGGUGGAGAACCUGCCCCACACGCACGACAUUACGUUUUGGGGCAGCCUCAACGUGCUCGUCGACACGAAGGGCAAGACGCCUGCGGACCUGGCCUUUCUGCCGCGCGGCGCGGCGCACCGCUUGGUGCUGGCGGCUGGCCCGGCCGAAAUAGCCACCGUGCAGCCCAUCUGGGACCAGGCGGUCGUCUACGAGCUGCCCGCGUGGAGCCAAGCCGAGCUCGACGCCCUUGCCGCGGGCCACUCGGACCAGCAGUAG